AUGAGUCUAUACCGUCCCGCCAGACUUGAGGAUUUACCUCAGAUCCGCGAGAUCAACAGCCAUUACAUUCUUCACACCUCUCUUACCUUCAUGAGGACGCCGCCGCCCUUGCCAACGUACAUCAAAAAAUGGAACGAUUUGAAGAACCAGGGCUUACCCUAUAUUGUCGCCAUAGACCCUGAUCGCAAACAGGAAGGGGGCUUGGAUAUGGUCCUUGGCUAUGCGUCGUUCAGUCCAUUCCGCGGGCAUCUGGUCUCCUAUGCACCUACUGUCGAACUGAGUCUUUUCGUACAUCCGGACCAUCAUUCGAAGUCCAUCGGAUCGAAUCUUCUCAACAAUUUGCUUGAUCUUGUGAGAAUAGGUAAAGUCCGCCACUAUUGCGAGGAAGCAGUAGCUGAAGCUGGGUCGGACGAUGCGACUGAGUCACGAUCGGCAACGGUUAUCAGUCAGGUCAGAAAUGUCAUUGCCGUGAUGGCUGUUGAUCCAGAGGGCAGAGAUGGAGGCGAGAGACUCAGAAAUUGGUACAUCGAGCGUGGCUUGAAGGAGUCCGGUCGCUUGAAGAGCGUUGGGUUUAAAAGGGGUCAUUGGUAA